CUAUAGUGCGUCGCAACUCUUGUUGCUGUACUUUAAGACAGUCUGUUCCGCAAAUAACCAUUAUAGUACCCAACUCCGUUUUCCCGUUUUCGCCUGGCUUAGUUCAAAAGCUUGCUUAUUGUCAUUGGUGCCACAGUUCCCUGUUGGCGACAUCUAAGCGGCGGGGUGAGAUAGACACACUAAGGACACAUAACCUCAUGACUGCAAAGUGAACAGUGAAUUAUCCCAAAGUACCGAAGGAACUAUUUACUAUAACAACGAGCAUUCACUGAAUGCAUUAGAUCAGACCGCCAAUAGGUAAGAGCACAAGAAUCUCUGUCCAACGCAAUUGAGGUGGAAUGCUGCAAACCCAAAGGAGCGAUGCUAGAACCCGGUCUAUUCUUGACUUUCAUAAACGAUCUGGCGGGGGAAAUUACUUCCGGUUGCUUAUUCUUCGCGGAUUAUAUCAAGUUUUGCCCAAUGAUCAGAAAACCGAACAACCACGAAAAGCUCCAGCGUGACCUCAACACGAUUUCAAACUGGUCAGUACUAAAUACCCUACCGUUCAAUGUGGAAUAUUGUCACGCUGCUCAAUUACGUCAACGGCAUGACUACGUGCAUAGUUUCGGGUCACAUGUCUUGCAAACAAGUUCUCAGGAACGCGGAGUUGGUGUGCUUAUUCAAAGUGAACUUAACUGUUUAAAGCAGACAGGCAGCUGCGAAGAACGCCAACCAGCACGUCGGCUUACUGUGGAUAGUAUUCGGAACUUUCGACCCAUCCAUCUUCCCCAUGAGGCACGGGUUUUAGGUUCAACAUCAAGUUGUAUACGCUAUCCAACUUUGGCAAACUUGGCCGAAGCGCGACUUAGAAGUACUAGAGAAACCACAAGGUAGGGCAAUAAAGAACGUCAAGGGUCUACGAAAUCCGUCCUAUCAUCAAAGGCUGAAGUCAAUGGGGAGUUUCAGUUCCCGCUACCGAAGGCUGCGUGACGAUCGCAUAUUGAUCUACCAAAUAUUGGGGAAAAUUAAUCAUGUAUGCCGUCACUUGCUGAAACUCAGCCAUAACACCAAUCUCAGAGGUAACCCACUGCAAUUGUGUGCACAGUAUAGCCAAUUCCGGCGGAAGUAUUUUCUUUUCGAGUUUGCCAACCCUGGAACUCUCUCCCAAACUUUGUUAUUUCUUCCCCCAACUUGGAACGAAUUCGCACCUAGCGACAGCAUUUAGC